AUGUGCGCGCGAACGAGUCAUGGAACGUCCGCGACGGUGCGCGCCCGGACGUCGCCCGCGCGCGCGCGCGCGAGGCGAGCGACGCGCGCGUGCGCGACGCGGCGAGAGGUGGUGGACGGCGUCGUCGCGGUCGCCGCGUCCGCGCUCGCGAGCGAACUCGCGGGCGUCUCCCCGGCGCUCGCGCUGUUGCAACCGAACGAUGAGGAAGACGAAGCGUUUCUCGCCAAGGCUCGGGAGAACCGGGCGAAACGCAUUCAAUCCGAGGUGCAAAAGGAGAAGCGAUACGUAAACGACGCCGGGUUGAAGCUGGACGAAAACGCGAGCAAGGUGCAGGUGGCGGUGUACAAGCUCUCGAAGUCGGGGGCGGCGAUCGCGAGAGGGGAUCUCGGCGGUGCGUCGAGUGAGCUCGCGGCGGGGGGCGAUUGGGCGUCCCAGGCGACGAGCGCGGCGGAGGCGCUCGGGGCGGGCGAGAGCCGCGCGCGGUUCGAGAAAUCCGUCGCCGAGCUCGCGCGGCGGUGUGAUGGCGGGGACGAGAGCGCGGCCAAGGCGGCGUUCGUCGCGAGCUCGCGCGCGCUCAAGGAGUUGGCGGAGGAGGCGAAGGUUGUCGACAAGCUGCGGCUGCUGUAA